AUCCUCCCCAAGGAAAAGAGAGGGUUGCUAAAACUAGCCGACAAAAUGAGAGAAAAUCCUCAUCUCUUGUCUCGCAAGAAUAUGCUGAAUAUGGAGUAUAAGACGAUUUCCAUCUCACAGGUUCCGAAGUUUACGCUCUCUUAUUGUUUUCAACCAAUGAAGAUAAUGAAAGAGUUGGGGCUAACAUCUUUCAUGGAUUCUGAAGAUAACCUUAUGGGUAUGGUGGAGGGAAUGUCACUGUUUGUCUCAAGAAUCACACAACAUAGCCGAAUGGAAUGCAAUGAGACAGGUACAAAAGUGGUGAGUGUUACCGAUGAAUCAGACGAGGAAUUAGGCUUUUGCUUGUACGAUACACCGCCGCCACCAAUAAAAUUUAUAGCCGACCAUCGAUCUCUUCAUGUUUGUCAUUAAAGAAGAUGUGUCUGACACCAUACUAUAUUUCUUGGUGCAAUAUAUAAUCCUCUAGAGGGAUUAAGCUAUUCUUGUUACGGAGUAAUUUUUAACAAAACCGUAUAGCA